UUGAAUCACUUUGGCAUGUUAGUGGGUUGGUUUUUAUUGAAUUACUGCAUUGUUAUGGUACAGAGUGGAAUUAGGGCAAUAUAACAGGACAACACAAUGAGAUUGGAAAAAUGUUGGUUUUGUUCCUCAACUAUAUAUCCAGGCCACGGUAUUCAAUUUGUUCGAAACGAUGCAAAGAUCUUUCGGUUCUGUAGGCCUAAGUGCCACAAGAAUUUUAAGAUGAAGAGGAAUCCACAUAAAGUUAAAUGGACUAAAGCAUAUAAGCGGCUGCAUGGAAAGGACAUGACGCAGGACUCAACAUUUGAAUUCGAGAGGAAACGUAAUAGGCCGGAGAGAUAUGACAGAAACGUAACUGAGAACACUUUGAAGGCCAUCAAGAAAAUUGAUAAAAUCAGAGUCGAUAGGGAGGAGAGACAUUUUGCAAAGAGGAUGAAAGGAAAGAAAGCCAAGGAGCAGAGAGAAGCAGCGAAGGAGCUCGAGCAGAGCAUUCACUUAGUUGAAGCUCCUGCUGCACCCAACGAAGAGCCAUCACUUACACUGCCUAUCAAGGUCCUGCGGGUUACACAGAAGCAGUCGGAGGAAAAUCGCAUGGAGGAAUGAUUAUUUUGCUUCUUAUACUGUAUAUUCUCAAACUAAAACACAAAUCAUUUCAUGCUUAUUUUU